CGUUACCCAUUUCUAGUCUUUCUUGCCAACUCCAUUGCCAACUACCCAAUCAUCAUCAUUCUUCUUCCCAUUUCAUUUUUCUCAACUAUUUUUUCCUAACCCAAAAAAAAGUUAAUUAUAAAUUACAAUUUGAUCCGAAAAAAAAAAAUGGCGAGUACGAAGAGUUACAUGAUGGCAACAAGAAGAGCGAGCAACUACCGAUUCCUAAGCAACGAUCCGAUCCAACCAUCACCGAUCAAAACAACAACCGAGUUAGAGUUGGAGGAAUCCGACAUUUGGGGCGGGUCAACCCGAUCCGACUCACCCGAGUCACCACCGAAUUGGCGGAAGUCAAGGAGACCGAUGGCAGCGCCGACACCAACAAGGAGUAAAAGUAAAUGCGUAGUAGGCGGAGAUGCGGUGUCGAUGCCGGUGAACAUUCCAGACUGGUCGAAGAUACUCCGGGAAGAGUACAAGGCUGAUAAGUGGAGUUUCAACGGCGAGUUUGAGAUAAAUGGCGGAAGUUGUGGCGGAGAUGACGGCGGCGAUGAGUGGGUGCCGCCGCAUGAGUAUUUAGCGAGGACGAGAAUUGCGUCGUGUUCAGUUCAUGAAGGUGUUGGAAGGACGUUGAAAGGGAGAGAUCUGCAUAAGGUUAGGAAUGCGAUUUGGGAGAAAACUGGGUUUCAAGAUUAGAUUGAUUAACAUUUUUUUGAAUUUGAAUUUUUGGGAUGAGAGAGAAAAUAAUUUACCGGCGAUUUUGGAGAUAUUAUUAAUGGAAUAUGAUUUAUUUUGAGGAGUAGAAAUUUUAUUAAGAAUUUAAGAGUUGUAGUGUUGGAUUUAUUCUGGGAAAUUUUUUAACUUUUUCUCAGAUAUUUUUUUGGAAUUUUGUUUUUGUUUUUUGUCAUGUAGAGUAGUUUUGAUGAUGAUUAUGAAAUAUGGUGGAAAAUCAUCUCAUUUAAUGUAAUUUUCGAAUGGUGAUCUGAUAUAUUGUGAAUGAAACUCGAUUUUAAAUUA